AUGGUUUGCUACUGCUGCUCCCUCGUCAUUGUACUUUGGAAUAGUCGACCGACUAGACGCAGUGCUUCAAAUCAGCUUCUUGGAUUGAACUUGGUGGUGCUAUCACGUGCAUGGUCCAUAGCUUCAGUAUUGUUUAUACAGUUUAUACAGUCUAGUCAUUUGUCGUUUUCCAUCAGGGCGAGGUUAGGCUCGACUUGUUUGGAUUGUGGCGCUCGCCGAGGUGAAGAGCUGCACGAGUUGAAUGACUUUAAAGUCCAGAUCGACACAUUGAACGCCAAUGAUUUAGCCGAUGAAGAUUCAGACAUUUCAAUGUUGCAGAUUGUGGAGAGAAACCUGGCCAAGCAAAAGCGAAUCGUGGCAGAGUUUUACAACAAUGUUUGGGGCGAUUCCUUGAAGGACCUCCGGCCCUUCCAAGAAUUGGCCGCGGAUUUGGAAGCUGGCUUGCAGGGCGACGUCAAGCAGCCCACGGCGAGCACGACCUUGAGCGAUAUGACUGUUUACAAGCAAAUACCUAGUGAAGCUGCGGUCACACCAACGGAGACACGGCUGAGUUGA